UGGAUGGGCGGGCCCUCGAGGGGCGGGGCGGGCUGGAAGGUUCCGCGGCGGGGAGGGGGGCGGGACAGGACAGGACAGCGAGCGCGCCUGGGCCGCCGCCGGUGCUGCUGCCGCCGCCGCUCCGCCAUGGACGCGCGCAAGCUGAGCGAGCUGCGGGCCUUCGUCCGGCUGUGCAAGCAGAACCCGGGGCUGCUGCACACUCCGGAGCUCGCCUUCCUCCGCGAGUGGGUGGAGAGUAUGGGAGGCACAAUUCCACCUGCUCCAGCCAAUGCCUCCACAGAGGAGACAAGUAAGGGCAAAGCAGAGGAACAGCCAGAGGAGCCGGUUAAAUCACCAGAACCAGAAAGUGAAGAGAGUGACUUAGAAAUUGACAAUGAGGGAGUGAUUGAACCAGACAACGAUGACCCUCAGGAAAUGGGGGAUGAAAAUGUGGAGGUAACUGAAGAGAUGGCAGAUCAAGCUAAUGAAAAGAAGAUUGAAGCGAUAAAUGCUCUAAGCGAAGGUGAACUUCAGAAGGCUGUUGACUUGUUCACAGAUGCUAUCAAGCUGAAUCCUUGUUUGGCCAUCUUGUAUGCCAAGAGGGCAAGUGUUUUUGUGAAACUACAGAAGCCAAAUGCUGCCAUUAGAGAUUGCGACAGAGCCAUCAAGAUUAAUCCUGACUCAGCACAGACCUACAAAUGGAGGGGGAAAGCACAUAGACUUCUUGGCCACUGGGAGGAGGCUGCUCAUGAUCUCGCAUUAGCUUGUAAACUGGAUUAUGAUGAAGAUGCUAGUGCCAUGCUGAAGGAGGUGCAACCAAGAGCUCAGAAAAUUGCAGAACAUCGACGAAAAUAUGAGCGGAAGCGUGAAGAAAAGGAAAUCAAGGAAAGAAUGGAGAGAGUGAAGAAGGCACGGGAGGAGCAUGAGAAAGCACAGAGGGAGGAAGAAGCAAGACGACAGGCAGGAGGAGCUCAGUUUGGUGGCUUCCCGGGUGGCUUCCCAGGUGGAUUUCCUGGGGCUAUGCCUGGAGGUAUGCCAGGAAUGGCAGGUAUGCCAGGUCUCAAUGAGAUUCUCAGUGAUCCAGAAGUUCUUGCAGCCAUGCAGGAUCCAGAAGUUAUGGUCGCAUUCCAAGAUGUUGCGCAGAACCCAGCAAAUAUGUCCAAGUACCAGAACAAUCCCAAGGUCAUGAAUCUCAUCAGUAAAUUGUCUGCCAAAUUUGGCAGUAAACCAUAAAAUCCCUGGUUCUUUAAAAAUCAUAUCUGAAUGGGAAGGAUUGGAUUUGGCUAACCAGUGUUGCAAUAAAACAAACCACUUUACCUCUGAUCUUUUUAAGAAGAGGAAGUUCUAAGGAGAACUGCUCUCUAGCCCCAAGCAUUUACUUUAUUCGAUUAUUGGUUUAUAGAAACCCAAAUUUUAUUCAGAUAACCUAGUUUCAACCAUCCCUUCUUGUCCAAGAGUUGCAAGCUUUUAUUAUAAGUGUUACAGACAGUUUCCUCUGAAUGAAUGCUUCUGUGAGAAAUUGUAAUAUUUCAGGAGUGUAAGAUAAAAACAUGCAAAAUUUUUUUUUUAAAUUUUUUUUUAAGGGAUUUUUUUUUUUAAGAGGAAAGAACUUUAACAGUUGAAGUCUGUCUUAAUCCCCUUUGGACAGAAAAGUUGGCCUAGUCACAAGUAGCAAAGGUGGGACAAGUCUGAAGAAUUAACUGGAUAAAGGAAUUGUCUGCAAAUACAGGUUUUUUUUCCUUUUUUUAAAUAGGUGACUGACUUUAUAUAGCUAUUAUCAGUAUAAUCAUGCUAGCUAGUUACACACUGGAACUUCUGGCAGUACUGCAAGUAUUGUAUCAUUUUUGAUCACCACAACUGUGCAGGAAAGGUACAAACCUAUCCUUUGCACAGCCUGGCAUGACGUACGUAUUGCAGAGGCCACAGAGGUUUUGUUACUUGUUCAAUUCUUGUCCAGCACCUUUAUGUAACAUUUUAUUUAUAGUCUGGGUCUGGGAGAGCAGCUCACUGCCUGUGCUUGUGCUCCUGUCCUUUCCCAGUUGGCAGGUCCUCCGCUGGUUGCACUCGCCCUUCCUUGGGGCCAUGCUUACCAGGUUGCAUCUAUUUGGAAACUUUAGGGAAGGAAUCUUGUUCCCAUCACUACCUCUGUCCCACUGAAUGCAAGCCAUCCAGAACAUGUACAUGCAGAGUUAUAAAUCGGUGAAGGGGAGAAUUCCCAACGAAAUUGCAGCUCUGGGUUCUGUUUGAGUCCUUACAUGCUUACUGAUUAAAAUGUCUUGGUCAAAGUCCUGCUGUCUCUUUAGAGGUGAUGACUCUUUCUUCACUGCAUUCUGUAGUCUUCCGUCUUUUCUUGUAUCUUCUUCUUUGAAACAAAGCAAAGCCCCAAAAGAAAAAAUCAAAACAAAGAGCUGUUGUGGUUUCAUACCUCCAUGGUUUGUAGGUAUGGGAUAUGGAGGAAAAGGUGAAGUAAUUGGAGCAGACAGAACAUUCUUUAACACUUGCAGUUUAACAGCAUGGGUAUCCUUGAAGCAGUGUCUGUGCUGAUGAUGUCCAGUGGAUUUGUCUACCAAUAAAGACAAAGUUGUUGCUUCUGUUUGUCUUAAUUAAAACAUCUUUCUGUAGAAAAAAUGACCCUAGUUACCUGUUCAACACUUGAGUCUCAAGGUUUGUAUUACUUCUUUGUAAUUCUGUAUCUUAAGCCGUAACUGAUGUUACCAUUUUGAAACAAAUCUGGUUUGGUGUAGGAACUCAACAAUGGUUGCAAAAAAGUAAAUCCCCAAAUGCUUUUUCUCAUACUAAUGACCUUGCAGAAUGAAAUGUGAAUCUUUUUGCUUAAGAAAUAUAGUUCUGAAUACUUCUCUUAGCAUUUAAAAAAUAAAGUAUGGUUUUGAAAAAUACA